GAGCCCACAGCGAGAGGAGAGGGACAAGAAGAGCGAAGAGCAAAAGUACAAAGAGUUGAGCGCGAGAUUUUUAGGGCAAAAGCGAUCACUUUUCUUUCGAUUUCAAGCGCGCUUCUUUGGAUCUGAACCCCAGUUCCUCAUCCUGCUUGGGUCCAGGCCGUGGAUCUCUGAUCUCCGUCGCGGUCGCCGACGAAGGAGGCGAUCGGGGUUCUAUUUGACCAGAUCUCGUUAUCUGAGUUUUGUCAGUUUCUAUCCAGAGUAGGAACAAAUGGCUUCCCCAAUGUAAGGGGGAGCGUUUCAUUUCAUCUUCAACUCCAACUCUAUUUGCUAUCUGUCUUGGGUUUGAGUGUGGUCCAAUUGUUAGUCUGUUGCUACAUGAUCGUUUCUUCACUACAUCUUCCUCUCUCCUUGACCGCGUCAGCCUCUGUGUUUGGCGUGCGCUCUAGAGAGAAGAAGAGGAAAAAGGUCACCCUUUUUCUAGCCGGCUCCACUUCUCCCCUGCUCCAUGUCUCCUAACUUAGAUAGCCCUGUUCAGACUCAAGUGGCAGUUGCAGUUUUAAAUCGAGCUCUCAGUAGUGAGUACCAUGGCCCAAAGAAAUCUGAAGGAAAUCCUGCUGGCAGGAGACGUGUUUUUGUUCAAACCGAUACUGGCUGUGUCUUAGGUAUUGAAUUGGAUCGUCGGGAUAAUGCCCAUACUGUAAAAAGGAAGCUUCAGUUAGCCCUCAAUGUUCCUACUGAUGAGAGCUCACUGACCUUUGGGGAUUUCGUGCUAAAGGAUGAUCUCCGUGCCGUAAGAAAUGAUUCACCCUUACUUCUUACUAGGAAUUUGCUUCACAGGAGUUCUUCAACUCCUUGCCUCUCUCCCACCUCAAAGGAUCUGCAGCAAAGAGACAGGAGUGGCCUGAUUGAAGUCCUGGGAUGCUCAAGUGGCUGUUCCCGAACUAAGCAGCUCGUUAAGGAUGUUGUUAAAGCUAUAAAGAGUGGUGUAGACCCCUUACCAGUUCACAGUGGCCUUGGGGGUGCAUACUACUUUAGGAACAGCAGGGGUGAGAGUGUCGCUAUUGUCAAGCCAACAGAUGAAGAGCCAUUUGCCCCAAACAAUCCUAAGGGUUUCAUUGGUAAAGCUCUUGGUCAACCAGGCUUGAAAAGAUCAGUGAGGGUUGGAGAGACAGGCUUCAGAGAGGUUGCAGCAUACCUUUUGGACUAUGAUAACUUUGCCAAUGUUCCUCCUACUGUUCUUGUCAAGAUAACUCACUCAGUUUUCAAUGUCAAUGACAGAGUCAACUGUAGCAAUAGCAAGGCUCAUGAAAGGAAAAAGAGGCCUAUCAGCAAGAUUGCUUCAUUUCAGCAGUUUAUUCCUCAUGACUUUGAUGCUAGUGAUCAUGGUACCUCGAGUUUCUCAGUCGCUGCUGUGCAUAGAAUUGGGAUACUUGAUGUUAGAAUCUUGAACACCGACAGGCACGCUGGAAACUUGCUAGUGAGGAAACUUGAAAGUGGGGUCGGUAGAUUUGGUGGUCAAAUGGAACUCAUACCAAUUGAUCAUGGCCUCUGCCUUCCGGAGAGCUUGGAGGAUCCUUAUUUCGAGUGGAUUCACUGGCCACAAGCAUCCAUCCCUUUCUCAGAUGAUGAGCUCCAGUACAUUGCUAAUCUCGAUCCAGUUAAAGAUUCUGAUAUGCUUCGGAUGGAGCUACCGAUGAUACGUGAAGCUUGUCUUCGUGUUUUGGUUCUCUGCACGAUUUUUCUUAAGGAAGCAGCAGCUUUUGGGCUUUGUUUAGCUGAAAUUGGGGAGAUGAUGAGCAGAGAAUUUACAGGCAGGGAAGAAGAGCCUAGCGCGCUGGAGGUUGUUUGUCUUGAAGCAAGAAAGUUAGUAGCAGAAAGAGAAGUGCCCUCUCCACGAAUUGAACUAAGAGACGAAGAUGAAAUCCAAUUUGACAUCGAUUGUGAGGAGACUGAUCCCAUGAUGCCCAGAACACCACCACCACACCAUUUUGGGCUCAGUGGAGGGAGUUCCAAGAAUCCAUUUUCAAAGCUGGAGAGCUUGGAGGAGGAGGAAGAAGACGGUGAUACUGAAAGUCACGCCGGUGAAGAAAAACCUAAUUUCUUCACUCAUACACACAAGCUACAUCCUGCUGUUCCAAAGCUAUCCAUCUCAUUAAAGGGUGUGAGCCUCACAGAGAAAGCUCCACGUGGCAGCGUAGCUAGCAGCAAGAGCAACAGCAGUAGCAGAGGGAAUACUAGCGGAGACAGGAGGAGUGCAAAAGAACAGCUGCCUACAAGUGCAAGCUUUGUGAAGGUGGCGGAUAUGAGCGAAGAAGAAUGGGGUUCAUUCCUUGAAAAGUUCCAGGAGCUGCUUCAAGGUGCAUUUCGUGAGAGGAAGUGCGGGCUUGCUGGCCAGAAGCAGAGGCAGAGGCUCGGCACUUCUUGCCAGUUUUGAGUAGGAUAAGCUUAAGAAAAGUAAGGAGAUGAGAGUGUAAAAGAGGAGAUUGAAGAUAGAAGAUUGGUUUGUUGCUGUUGUGCUUGAUGUUUGUUUGUUGUUUGUGUUACCCUUGGAAUAGUGUAGGUGUAAGGAAUGGUAGAGAGUGGCGGGUGGUGUUUGGGAAUAAAAGUGUAGGAGUCAAGAUGUGGUGUUUGCUGCUUCUGUAUAUAUUUCUAAAUGCACGUUGAUAUCUCAAUUUCGUUCAGGGGUGAGUAUGAUGGCUUACCUUUUCUUUUCGUUUAUUUCCCUUGUUAUGUAAUGCUGAUAUUAGAAGAACAUAUGUUGUUAUUAAUAUAAUCGGAAAACUUGGUAUGUAAGUUGUUGUGUA